ACUCAUCUCUACCUUUCCAAUAACAUAUCAUCUAGUCAAACGUUGAAAACUUGAAAUUUAGCCAAACCUUCUUGUAUUUAAGAACCCCAGACCCAGCAUGAUUGUUAUCUCUUAUCCUCAGAAGCAGAACUAGGAUCAUCUUUGUAUGUAUGUUGAUUAAUUUACUUAAUUUUCUUCUGGCACCAUACUUUAUAUUCUUUGCAAGUUAACUUUCAGGAUUGUUGCCUUGUAUCUGUCCCUUGGUUCUUAGCUAGCUUUACGAGGGUCUUCAGUGGACGAAAUGGAAUCCGGUGGUCUAGCAUUCUACAGCUGCAGAAACUGCCGAAAUCCCCUUGCCCUCGGCGAUGAUCUUGUUUCUAAAAAUUAUAUAGCAAAAUCAGGGAAGGCUUAUAUGUUUCUGCAUGCAAUGAACAUUGUUCUGGGGCCAAAGCAGGACAGGCAAUUGAUAACUGGUCUUUAUACCACUGCUGAUAUCUAUUGCAGCAAGUGUGGUGAAGAACUGGGCUGGAAAUAUGUGCAAGCCUAUGACUUGAAAAACAGGUUCAAGGAAGGGAAGUUUAUUCUCGAAAAACUUAAGAUGGUCGAAGAACACUAGAUCUUACCAGUGAUCCCCCUUUAUGGAAAGAAUAAGGAAAUAAGCAUGAUGAUCUCAGAUUGGAAACCAUUCCUUAUACAUGAAAACUGGAAAUCUAUGUUUCAGUUUUAUGAGAUGGGAUUUAAAUUUCAUCACUGGUAAAGUAAAAGCUAUGUUAAAAAAGCUUUACUUUCCUUUUGUUAAUUUGGGAUUUGCUGUUGGUACUAUUGCUAUGGCUCUUUUCUACUAAAUUUCUAGUAAUAAUCUUCAUUCCUAUGACUGGAAAAUAGAUGGAAGCUCCAGGAUCUAAUUAAAACAGGAUUAAUUUUGGUUUUA